AUGAAGUUAUUUCAGUGGGUGCAUCGAAAACUUCAGCAGAAUAGUAAUGAUCCUCUCAAGGAGUUCACACUUGGAAACCCUUGUGCUUGUCUCACAGCGCAGCCAACACUAGACAACCAAUACUCUGAGACAAAGCCAAGCUUCAGUUCAAUCAAUCCACCGAGUUUCUUAAAGCCACACCAUCAGGAGGGCCAAACAUCUUAUUAUGAGUUUGAUGACAACAGAGAAGACAAGUCCCAAGAAGACACACCUGCAGUCAUCUCUGAGCUCUUUGAAGGCUUUCUGACAAUUGGAACUCUUGGUGCAGAAACAAUCACCAAUGAGCCAGGAACACCAACAUUUGCCACGCCUUCGGAAGAAACAGAGCAUGAACUGAAGCUCAUAAGCUACGAGCUCGAGAAAUUCCUUGAGGAUGAAAAAGAAGAAAGCUUCUAUGAAUCAUCAGGAAGAAACAGCCGUCUUAGCAAUAUCACACUUAGUGGGAAGCAAAUAGAUGCACCCGAAGCAGAAGAUUAUGGAAACAGAGAUGUAUGUCCGUUGCAAGGAUAUUUAUUGGGGUCAUCAUUUGAAUUAGCAGAGACAACAGAAGUGAGGAAAGAAAGGGCAUCACUUGCUGAGCUAUUUCAUAGGACAAAGACAACAAAUCAAGAAUGUAAGGAGACAGGAGCAAAAGAGACGCAUCAUGUCAAGGAAACACAUAAGUCAGCCAUGCAUAUCAUGAAAAAGAUGUUCAAAAUGGUCCACAGUUCUUCAAAAGGCUGUAAGACUUCAGGGAAUGAUGUUGAUUCUGCUUCAACCAAUAAAAAGCUCCCUAAGGUUCUACGUAUGUUUCACAGAAAAGUUCAUCCUGUAAACACCAUAGAUGAAAAAAACCAUGUCAAAUCCCAUAAAGGUAAGAUCAAAAAUACUCCUCAAGACUGCUUCCAAGAAUAUGAUAAUGGAGACCCCGCAAACCCAGAAUUUGGCAGAAGAUUUGAUUCAGAUGCCAAAUCAGGAAAGUGGUCUCAAGACUGUAAGACCAAUUGGAACCCACCGCAACAUGGGCUAAGUUGCAGCAGUUCAACUGGAAAUAAUGAGCACUGGAUCAAGACAGAUACAGAGUAUUUGGUGCUGGAGCUGUAACAAUAUAAGCUGUAUGAAAGUUGCAAUAAAUUGAGCCUCCAUAAGAGACUUGUAAAAAGUAAUAUUUUAUACGAUGGUCGUGUUUUGAAUGUACUUUUGAGUGGAAACUAAUAAUGCAUUCAAUAAAGCUGUGAUUUUUAUGAAA